AUGAGUAAUAUUUUAUCUGAAAAUAAUAACCUUUUUGACAAAACCCACCCAGAAUUAUCAGAAUUAAAUGAAGAAUUCCAAGAACUUCAAAAUAAUUUUAUUUCUCCUUUGGAUAUUCAAGCAGAAGAUAUCAUUGGCAUUGAUGAGACUGAUGAGUCAGAAGUUUCUGAUGAUGAACUUGAUAACACAAAUGGUAGUAUUUUUUCAGAUUUAGAAAUUCAAAAAUUUAGAAAUAUUUAUUGCAAAAAUUCAGUUGAAAUAGAUUCUGAUGAAUUAGUAACAACACAAGAAAAAAUAGAUCAAAAAAAUGAAGAAUCAAAAGCUUAUAUUUUAAAUAUAUUAAAAACAAAAUGUUGUAAUAAAGAUUGUUUAACAAAUAUUGAUCAAGAAAGUGCUAUAUUAAGAUAUAAAAAUUAUAACAAUUUAAAUAAGAAUGAACAAAAUAUAUUUUUAUUGGGGGUUGUCUCAGCUUCAAUAAAGAAUCCAAUGAAUACAAUCAAUAAUUAUAUGACAUUAAAAUAUAUUUAUGAUGGAGAUGAAUUGGAAACAAAGGAGCCAAUAGGAUUAACCCCAACUAGACAGUGGUAUUUGUAUGAUGAAAUACGAGACUUUGUGCAAAAUCCUAUUAAAAAAGAUAUCAUUUGUCCAGAACCCACUGUAGCUAGACCAUGA